AUGACAGCAAUCUUUACACUAUCUUCUCUAGCCCUGGUCAUCUCUUCGGUCUUAAUAGUGGUCGCAUGAACACUAGCCAAGCGAUCCCAGAUAGACCGGGAAAAAAUAUCCCCAUUUGAAUGUGGCUUCGACCCAAUGAGCUCUGCCCGUCUUCCCUUUUCUCUCCGAUUCUUCCUCCUAGCGGUAAUUUUCCUCAUCUUUGAUGUAGAAAUUGUUCUAUUAUUCCCGGCCAUUACAAAAAUAAUGGCCGCUACAGAUCUUGUCUCCUCCGCCGGGGUUCUUUGCUUUCUUCUUAUCUUAAUCCUAGGUUUAUUCCACGAAUGGAACGAAGGCUCCUUAAAUUGAAUAGAAUAA